CGCAGAAGUGAGCGUGUCCGUGACGAGUGACAGGGGUGAAAACAACGGGUGACUUAACAGAUAUGCACAUUUCCGUGAUAUAUGCAUAGAUCAUUGGUUGUACCUCUUGCGUAUCGAUACUGUUCAGAAGCACUGAUUCCAAAUGUCAUUGCUUGAAGUAAACGUAAAUAAAAAUAUUUUCUGCUACUUGCAAUACAACGUAUAUCUCAUUUGUUUAGAAACUGUCUAAUGUUCGAGUUGAACUUUCGGCGACUGGCGUUACCUGUAAUGAUGUCCCUUGAAUUAGACAGUUGAAUUGUUAAAACCAGAAGCUUGUUUAAGAAAAUGAAACGUUAUCUCUCAAGUAUGCAUCUCCAUAACCUCUCAACCGUCCACCUGUCUGCCUUGUAUAUUUGGUCUGAUCAUUACAAAAUGCGUGGUUUUCCGGCAAACCACCAAUACAAAGGCCCCUUAACAUUUUAAGAUUGUUUACUUAAACUAAGGAUAAUAAAGUCAUACGCUAGAUCUUACUUAUGGAUUUUCACUGUCUUAACGUAAACUAGAUUUUAAGCUACACCCGAAGACCUUCUGUUUGCCCCGCAAGUAGUACAGGUAAAACGGAUAGCUUUACUGUUUAUAUCUGUUAAGUUACAUCAUUUCGCAUCUUAAAAUAUCUACGUUACUUGCAGUUCUGCAAUGAAGUGGUACAUCACACUUUGUUUUACGAUUUUUUAAGUGAUAUCGGUUAGUAAAUAAUAUUAAACCGUAAAAACUUUUUAAGUUGUUGGUAAGUUUUCCACCUUUUACCUAUUUGCUUUCUAUUUCGGAGACAGAAAGUUUUCAGGUAACCCCAAAGCAUUAUUACUACAAAUUACAGCAAUAUACUCCGCUAGUCCGCUUAUAAUGUUAACAACCUUAUAGCUGCUGCGAUAACUUUUCAUCCCACAGUGCAGAGCGCGGCAGCUGGGUGCCUUUCAGUAUCCCAACAUGCACCUCGUCAAACUGAAUGGCUGGAAAACAAGAUGGCUUGUAAUGCAAGUGCUCUUAGGAAUCUUUUUGAGUGUCCCUCUUGGGCUGGAAAACCUCCACCAGGUCUACAUUUGGAUGUAAUCAAAGGUGACAAGCUUGUUGAGAAAUUAAUUAUAGAUGAGAAGAAGUAUUACCUGUUUGGCCGGAAUCCUGAUGUGUGUGACUUUACUAUUGAUCAUCAGUCCUGCUCUCGAGUCCAUGCUGCGCUUGUCUACCAUAAACAUCUGAAGCGAGUCUUUCUCAUUGAUCUCAACAGCACGCAUGGCACAUACCUGGGUCGAAUUCGUUUGGAGGCUCACAAGCCACAGCAGAUCCCCAUUGAUUCCACAGUUUCAUUUGGUGCUUCUACAAGAUUGUAUACUUUACGAGAAAAGCCACCGACUGUUCCUUCUGCAGUGAAAGGAGAGGAGAAGACUGGAGAAGAUGAAGAGCUGAAGGGUCUGCUCGGCCUCCCUGAAGAGGAGACUGAACUUGAUAAUUUAACAGAAUUUAACACAGCUCACAACAAGAGAAUUUCUACUCUAACAAUUGAGGAAGGAAAUCUUGAUAUUCAGAGACCUAAAAGGAAACGUAGGAAUUCCAAGGUGUCAUUUAGUGAAGAGGAUGAGAUCAUAAAUCCAGGAAUAGAACAAAUUAGUUACUUGGAUAUCCUAUUAAUCAAUGAUAGAAUUAAUGGUAAAUAUAAAAGUUUAAUUUUUAGAAAGCAAACAUAUUCUAAUUCUCUGUUGCACUUUUCAAGUAACCACCCAUUUCACCAGAAAAAAGCGGUAAUAAAAGGGCAGUUAGUCCGUGCAGCACGCAUGGUUUCUGAUGGUCAUGAUUAUGAAAAGGAAUGCAAUCGUCUUAUGAAUAUGUUUUUAAUCAGAGGAUAUCCUUUCAAAUUAGUCUCAGAUAUAAUAGCUGAGGUCACAGCUAAACGAAAUGAAGGCUUAUAUCUUCCUUUAUUAAGCCAUAACUACAUUUUAGAAUCUAAUGGUGAGCUCAUUUUAGAUAAUAAUCCCAAUAAAAUUGAAAAUAAGAAAGAGGAAACUAAUAAUAACUAUAGAAUCAGUUUCUUACAUACGUAUUCCUUGGAUUUUAAAGAAAUCAAGGAAAUACUUUUUAAAAAUUGGGACGUAUUAAAAAAUGAUAGAUUCCUAAUGAAUUUAUUAGGUGAAGUCCCUAGGAUUACUUAUAGGAGGGAUGAUAAUUUAAAGACCAUAUUGCAAAGAAGCAAGAUUAAGAAUCAUACAAAUAGGGAAUAUGGGAUGUUUAAAUGUGGCUUUUGUGCCCAAUGUAAAUUUAUCAAGAAAAAGAGGACAGAAGGCCAAGGAGGACAGAGUCUUGAGGAUUCUGCAGGAAAACGGUUACAGAAUGCUGCCUUCAAUAGUGGACUUUAUAGUGGCCUUCCACCAAGUAGUAGUGAGUCAGGACCUCAGCCACUCAGUCCUCAUGGAACAGCAAUUGUUGGUGGUCUGCCCAUACCAUUUCCCAAUCUUGCUCCAGAUGUAGAUCUUGCUCCUGCUGUAGUGCAAACAGCAGUGACUAUAAAUCCAACACCAUCUCAAGUGCCCUUCAACACAGAAACUGUAAAUGAACCCAAGAAGAAGAAAUAUGCCAAGGAAGCUUGGCCCGGGAAGAAGCCCACUCCAUCUUUACUGAUUUGAUUCUGGUUUCCUGAAACAAGAGUGAACAUAUUUUGUGUGCACACAGCUUGUCUUUUUGCUUCUUGAAACAAUAGAACUUGUAAAGUGCAGUAAGCUGAACAGUGAUGUAAAUAGGUACCAGGUGUGUGACAGAACUCCAGCAUGUAAAAGGAAAUGAAGCAGUGAUGGGACCCUAAAUGGAAUUCUUUCCCGACCUCUAGUAAUUUUAAGUUGUAUUAUAUUUUUAUAUAACAAAAUUGCAUCCUCUCUUCAGUUAAAUUGGCCUGUGUAAUGAAUGUCCUAGAAUGUCCAUUGUUCAUAGAAAACUCAAAGAAAUGUCCAUUGUUUAUAGGGGAAAAAAACAGAGAAUUAACCCCCAGGUGUUUUUUUUUUAUACAAGUAGGUCAUUGUUGGUUACACUUUCAUCCCGUUUUGUAUGCGUUAAGCUAUGUUUUUUAAUUUGUCUAACUUAAAUUAGUAAUAUUUAGUAGGAUUUCCUUGUGCAGCACAUUCCUGUCGCCUGCAGUUUGCAGAACAGAUUAUGUGCAUUUAAAUAUAUUGUAAUUUUGCAUUCUUAGUGAGUGGCGCUGAAGGGAGGGACCUUGUACAUAGUGUUGUUGAUAUGUUGGAGGUUUAUAUGAGCUUUGUACAGACGUUUGUACAGUUGUGUAAUAGAUUUUUUAACAAUUAUCUGUUAUAGAUUUCUAUCUGUAAUACAGAGUAAAUGAAAUUUCA